AUGGCUAGGCUAGGAUUGUUACUGCGCGAGCGGAUGCUGUUGCGGGAGCGGGAGAAGCUGCGCGUGCGGCUGCUGCUGCGUGUGCGUCUGCUGCUGCGCGGCUGUGCACGUGCGGCAGCAGGGGCUCGCGGGGCUGCAGUGGCAUGUGCGGUCGUUGCUGCUGCGCGCGUAGAUGUGGCGGUGAGUGCGGCUGUGGCUGUGCGCGCAAUUGCUGUUGCGCGGACGGCUGUUACUGUGCGGGCAGCAGAGCGCGAGCAGCGGCGUGAGACCGUCUGCGUGCGGGCGGCAACGCCUGCGCGGCUGCUGGCGCGUGGCUGUGCGUGCUGGCAGCGGCGCGCGCGAGGCUGCGUGCGUGUGUCAGCGCGUGCGCGGUUGCGCGCUGCUGGUUGUGCGUGGUACAGGACGGGCUCCGGAGCGGGACGGACGGGCGGGUCUGUGCGGGGCGGGCAGCGCAAGGCGGGCAGCGCGCAGGGCGGGUAG